AUGAAGCUAUUCAUGAUCCUAAUCGUCUUGAAAUCGUCACUUUCGUUCCCUCAGUUAAGCCGAUCUCGGUUGAUGUCGGGGCAAUCCGGGAGCUUCCGCCAAAGACUCAGGGGUCUUUCUGGUGGUCGGACGAUGGUACGGUUGUCUCCCGUUUUGGAACACGGCGAUACCGAAAGAUUCCUCAAACAGGUAGAAACCACUGUAUCUCAUGUCUUGACUCGCUAUGAACCAGACGUUGAAAUACUCAGUCUACCUCCACCGGAGCGUGAAGCGCUGGGCGUGGCCCGAAAUUUGGACGACCGUCUCCGAGCAUUUCGUCGGAAUAAUGACUGUCCUCGAUGCUGGCUGCAGCGCACCCACUGUAUAUGUCCGGAGUGUCCGUCUUUGGAAACGCCAGCAGAAAAUGUUGCUCUUGCCGGUCGCAUCAAUAGAAUUUUUGUCCUCAUGCAUCACAAAGAAAUUUGCUUGGCAGUCGACACAGCAAAGCUUAUCUUGGCCGCUUUUCCACAACGCUCUCGACUCAUUGUUGGCGGGAUUGGGCCAGAGUUCCAAGAGAGCAUGGAAGAGUUUUUAAUUGCAAUGAAAGGUGACAGUUUGGUUUUGUUUCCCUCUGACGAAGCCAAAACAUUUGAUGCACUUAAAUGUGAAUACGACGACAACAAAACUUUUGACGUAUGCGUUAUUGACGGGACGUGGGAACAGGCUCGAAAAUUGUACAAACGUUAUAUUCCAGACGAAGCCGAAAGUGGUCCAACACGUGUUCAACUAAGCCAAGCAUCAUUGCGUCUGCUUGAGAGUCCUGGUCACAACGAUACGGUAUCCACAUGGCGACAGCUUCGACGUCACCCUCUUGCGUGGAGAGAGAUUAGCACCUUAGCUGCAACAAGACUGCUAUUGAAAGACUUGGAUACGGAUCCUUUAGCUGACUGGAGUCGCUUGGCCAGCUACCAACAAAAAGCUGACGGAGGAGCUCGCGAGCAACUUGGGGAGCCACGAGCAAAAGGGUUCAUUUGUGCAGCUUCUCAAUAGCUAGUUUCUGCUGCUGCCCUUCACUGAGAGUCCUCAGCACUGUCCUAUUCCACAACAAAGAAUAGUUCUUGCCCCAC